CGCAGCCACUUUACGUUCACGUAAACUCGGCAAAAUGCAGGCUGUCACCAUGAACACCACGCUCGGCCUCGGCCUCGGGCUCCGCGCCCGCGCUCGCGUCUCCGCGAAGGCGAAAGCGACGACGCUCUACGGCGCGCCCGUCGUCGGCGAUUCCGUCAAGCUCUCCGUUCGCAAGACCGCGAAGCCGUCCGUCGUCGUCCGCGCCGCCGCGGAGCCGCUCAUCGAGGCGCCGUUCAAGGGCAUCAAGGACGACAUCGCGGGCCGCACGCCGGUGUACCUCGACGAUUUCAAGCAGGGGCUCAACGGCAAGGCGUUGGCGUCCGUGUGCUUCCUCUUCUUCGCGGCGCUCGCGCCCGCGAUCGCCUUCGGCGCGGUCCUCACCGGCGCGACCAACGGCAUGCUCGGCGCGACCGAGGUCAUCGUCGGCACGGCCAUCGGUGGCAUCAUCUACGCCAUCGGCUGCGGUCAGCCGCUCUCCAUCCUCGCGUCCACGGGUUCCGUCGUGACGUACACGGCGAUCCUCUACACGACGUGCAUGCAGUACGGCCUUCCGUUCUUCGGUACGUACGCGUGGAUCGGGAUCUGGACGUCCGUGAUCCUCAUGCUCGUCGCGGUGACGUCGUCGUCUAACCUCGUGCGCUUCUUCACGAAGUUCACGGACGAGACGUUCGCGUGCCUCGUCGCGUGCAUCUUCUGCGUCGAGUCCGCGAAGAAGAUCAUCUCCAUGUUCUUCAACCCGGCCAUCUCCGGCACGCUCGCGCUGUCGUCCGCGCUCAUCGCGCUCGUGACGCUCUACGCCGGUCUCUUCCUCUCCGGCCUGAAGCGUCAGCCGUACGGCCCGGAGGCGAUCCGUAACAUCGUCUCCGACUUCGCGCCGACGAUCGCCGUCGCCGUCGGCUGCGCGUUCGCGUCCUGGCUCACGGCGACGUACGGCCUGUCCCUCGACGCGCUGUCCCUCCCGGCAUCUCUCGCGCCGACCGCGGCGCGGUCCUGGGUGAUCGACAUCUUCGCGGUGCCGAACUGGGUCAAGCUCGCGGCGCUCGCGCCCGCGCCCGCGUGCGCGAUUCUCCUGUACAUGGACCAGAACAUCACGACGCGUCUCGUGAACAACUCCGUCGGCCUCAAGAAGAAGGCGGCGUACCACCUCGACAUGUUCUGGCUCUCGCUCAUCACCGCGGCGACGUCCAUCUGCGGCCUCCCGUGGAUCUGCGCCUCCACCGUGCACUCCAUCACGCACGUCAAGUCGCUCUCCGACACGAAGGUGAACGAGGCCACCGGCCGCGAAGAGGUCACCGGCGUGAUCGAGUCCCGCUGGACCCCGCUCGUGCUCAACAUCCUCAUCGGCUGCGCGAUCCUCUACCUCAAGCCGAUCCUCGGCCAGAUUCCGAUGUGCGUCCUCAACGGUCUGUUCUUCUACCUCGGGCUCUCCGCCAUGAGGGGCAACGAGUUCAUCGAGCGCGUGUUCAUGUGCAUGAUCACGGACUCGAAGAAGAUGCCGAAGACGCACCCGCUCUCCGCGGGCAACGACCGCGCGACCGACCUCGGCACGCUUAAGAAGUUCACGUACAUGCAGAUCGCGUGCCUCGGCGUGAUGUGGUGGAUCAAGGGCUCCCCCGCGGCGAUGCUCUUCCCGAUUCUCAUCGCGGCGCUCGGGCCGGUGCGCAUCGUCGCGGGCAAGGCGGGGUGGUUCUCCCAGAAGGACCUCAACAACCUCGACGAGCAGGUCGAGACGGACCCGGGGUACGUCGCCGCGUAAGCGAGAGUCGAACGAACGAACGAACGAACGAACGAACGAUUCUUUGCUAGGCGCUUUUUGAACCUGUUGUAAUAGCGGGUGCCUGUCUGUCGAGCUCUUAUAUUUUAACCAGAAGAGUCGACGGCGCAUCGUGGUGGGGUGAGAAGUCGUCCUUCCGAGGACAAAAGAAAAGAGGGAACGAAAGAUGAUGAUGAAGAUUUGAGACGACGCCGGACGGGUGAUUUGUAUAGCUAUUAUGUAUCCCGUCGCGCCUUUCUCAUUGUAAAGAAGGUAAAGAUAUUCCCUUUC